AUGAAUGUUCUAUCAUGUUCCAUCAACACACUAAAUGGGUUAUACGAUAUAUCCGGUGUGGAAGUAGGCCAACAUUUUUCUUGGAAAAUCGGGGGUUUCCAAGUCCACGGCCAAGUACUUAUUACUUCUUGGGUUGUAAUUGCUAUCUUAUUAGCUUUAGCCACUCUAGCCAUUCGGAACCCACAAACCAUUCCGACCAGCGGUCAGAAUUUCUUCGAAUAUGUCCUUGAAUUUAUUCGAGAUGUGAGUAAAACUCAAAUUGGAGAAGAAUAUGGUCCUUGGGUUCCUUUUAUUGGAACUAUGAUUCUAUUUAUUUUUGUUUCUAAUUGGUCAGGCGCCCUUUUACCUUGGAAAAUCAUACAAUUACCUCAUGGGGAGUUAGCCGCCCCCACGAAUGAUAUAAAUACUACUGUUGCUUUGGCUUUACUCACAUCAGUGGCAUAUUUCUAUGCGGGUCUUAGCAAAAAAGGAUUAGGUUAUUUCGGUAAAUAUAUUCAACCAACUCCAAUUCUUUUACCUAUUAACAUCUUAGAAGAUUUCACAAAGCCCCUAUCACUUAGUUUUCCACUUUUCGGAAAUAUAUUAGCCGAUGAAUUAGUAGUUGUUGUUCUUGGUUCUUUAGUACCUUCAGUGGUUCCUAUCCCUGUCAUGUUCCUUGGAUUAUUUACAAUUGGUAUUCAAGCUCUUAUUUUUGCAACUUUAUCUGCGGCUUAUAUAGGUGAAUCCAUGGAGGGCCACCAUUGACUAGUUUUCUAAAUAGUCUUUUUUUAGUUUAACCUAAGACAAUGUUGUGUGGCUAAAAAAAUUGACUUAGGGAAUGAAAAUACCCAACUACACUAUAUAUGAUCUAGAGUAAUAGAAAAAAAGAUUACAAUAAAGAUUACAAUAUUGAUAUUAGAGUAGAGAAUAAAAAAAAAGGAAAGAGAUCUCAAAGAUCUUUUUCCUAAAAUUCCCGUUUGGUGCAUUUAUAUCAUAAUCAUACUUUCCCCUCAAUGAAUAUUGAGUUUAGAUUGGUCAUCGAAUCUGAAUAUGAACUAUUUGGAGUCGUAAUUUGACGAAGAAGUCUUGUACGAUGUGUGAUUAAAUAAAAAAAGGAUGUUCUAGAGAACGAUUCCCCCUUUUCAGUUGAUUUUAUUCAACGAUUGACCAAACGAAAAUAUUAAUAAAUAAUAAAUUGUACGAACUUAGAUCAAUCAAAUCAAUUUCUAUGCAACGAUUCGGCCCAAUCAAUUUAUCCAUUUAUUAUCUUAUCAAUUUAGGUUGCGUGAUAAUGAUAAAGAAAGGGAAAGGAUAAUUUCUAAAAAAUGGGAUUUAUAAAUGGUUCGUAGAGGCGAGGUCGAACUAGGUAUAUGGAAUUGAAUGGCUAUAAGUUAACUCUUGUCAAGGGUUAGACGCAUCCUUAUCAAAUCAGCUUGAAUUAAAGAUUAGGGAAGAGUUGGUUUACAUUGUGGAAGAAAGACAUGUAUAUGUGAUAUUAGAUAUUGACUAGUUAUAUAUGAGCUAAAGAUAUAUCUAAUUUCCCCUACUAAUCGAAUGUGAAUGUAGAUGGGGAUUCUAUAUAUAUAAGUCCUUCUGUCUCAUCUGUGACUGUGAGUUCAAUGAAUAAACGGAUGAAGUCAAUAAAAAAAUCGAAGAAUUCAAAGAGCGUUUCGGGACAAAGAAACGGAAAAACUAAAGUUGUAUGGAUUCACAAAGACUUUCUCGAGAGAAACUAAAAAAGAGAUAUCAAAGUCGUUUUGAUGAUUCAAGAAUGUUAUUACUUAAAUUCAAAGUUCGUAGUUACUUCGACUGUAUGAAUCGUAGCAAUGGAA